AUGUUCCUGAAGCAGAUAGACCUCACAACAGCCCUUCGACCCCAAUAUCUACCCGAUGAGGUACUUCUUUUCGUCCAAGAUAAUGUAGGACUCUACGAGGGCAAGUACAAGCUCCCGAACCAACAGUGUGGUCAAGUUUACUUGACAACACAUCGCAUUUGCUAUGUCGACACACAACAGCCUAGAAAACACUCGGUUGCCCUAGACCUGAAGGACGUCGAACGCUAUGAAUUCUACGCUGGAUUCCUCAAAUCAUCGGCAAAGGUGACGCUGAUCCCUAAGCCGGCAAAACGCGCCUCAUUACAGUCGAGAGCCGUAGCCGCCGCCGCCGCCGUAGCAUCUUCUUCGCCCCUACAAACAUCAGACUCCUUAAUACGCCCUCCGCCUUCCAACAGCUCCCAGGCAAGCACGGCGACAUGGAUAUGUUCAAUAUGUAGCUUCCCCAAUCCCGUCCCGUCCAACUUCGAUCCUACAACGGCAACCGCACAUACCCCGUUGCCGCCAUGUCUAGCAUGUGGGAUCAAACCAGCGUUAACCGAAGUACUGAAGGCAGCUAUAUCAAACGUCUCGAGCCGUCAGUCAAAGUCCGGACUCGACAGUAUUGACAACUUCGACUCUUUGCAAAUCAGCUCAUUCCCAGGAAACUCUGCAAACACGGACGGCUUCCAGUGUCCUCGCUGUACAUUUUCCAACCAUCCUUCUUUAUUGUCGUGCGAAAUAUGCGGUGCUCCUUUGUUAUCUAAAGGUGUCCCCACGACUGCGACACAGCCACCACCCAGAACUGACUCCCCAGGACCAAUGCUGACACUAGGAGGUGUUGCAGGCCUGGAGAAUCCCGAGAGUGUUAAAAUCUCUUUCAGAAAUGGUGGCGAGAAGGUAUUUUAUGAGAGACUGAAGGGUGCGAUGACCCAGAGGAAAUGGCUUUUGCACGAAGCACCACCUGUCCCUAAGAGUGGUAUGGCUAACGGAGGAGGCGAGGCGGAUUCAAUAUCACGGUCCGAUACCGGCUCUGGCCGCAAGAAGGCGGCGGGGAUAGCGGGAUUGGAGCAGAUGGGUCUAGAUCGGCGGAAGAACAACGAGCGGAUGAUUGGCAGCAGCUUCGAAGAUCUGGAGGCAUUGAUGGCAUCAGCCAAAGAGAUCGUAGCCCUAGCAGAGUCCUUUGCUCGACAAGUCGGAAAUGGGACAGAUAGUGCUACCACCGAAGCAAACGCCUUACUGGCUGAGUCUGCGAGUCAGCUAGGACUUAUUACCACCAAGGAUAUUGUUGGGGGCCGAAGUGGCUCGGGGUCUGAAUCCCUCUAUCUAUCUGAGCUAUCAAGGAACUUAGCUGAGUUCCUGACAGACGAUGCUCGGGGUGUGCUCAAAAAGGCUGGCGGUAUUAUGACUUUGGUAGACCUAUGGGCGAUGUUUAACAGAGCACGUGGAGGUGUCGAGCUUGUCAGCCCAAAUGAUUUCGAAAAGGCGGUUCGAUUAUGGGAAAAGCUGAAGCUCCCUGUUCGUUUGCGAACUUUCAAGAGUGGCGUCAUGGUUGUACAAAGCCGCGACCGAACUGACGAGAUCACUAUCAAAACAAUUUUGGCAUGGCUUAGAGAUUUGCAUGAGAUACCCCCAGACAGAGAUGUACCCUGGGAUUGGCAGGUGUUUGGGCGUGGAGUUACAGCGCAUGACACUGCCGACCGGUUUGGAUGGAGCAUUGGUGUGGCCGAAGAAGAGUUAGAGAUGGCUGAGGAAAGAGGCGCAUUAUGCCGAGAAGAAAGCCUAGAAGGCGUUAAGUUUUGGGAAAACUUCAUUGACACAGGCGAGCAUCGUCAUCGGUCCCGACAAGCUACGGAUGCUGAUAAAAUUCUUGAGGUUUUGAGUGCUACUGGCAUGAUUUGA